GGCCUGCGGGCCGUAGUUUGAGGAUGCCUGUCCUAGAGGGUUAUAAAGUUGAUAUAAAUAUUCUCCUACCAGCAGUGGGUAAGAGUUUCAGUGGUACCCUAUACCCCUAGAAAAAUGCAUACGUGUGUUUUUCAUUUUAACCAUUGUAGGGGAUAUUUGGUGAAUCUGUAGGCUGCAAGCCAGACAAGCUAAUUACUCAAAGUUCACUGAUACACAUGUCAUCUCACAGUGUUAAUGCUCUCAAUUUCCUUCCUGAUCUACUUCAGAUUGUUCCUCUAAGUGAGAAGAUCAUGGCUUCAGAGACUUCCGUGAAAAUGCUUCAGACAGACCCUACAUUCAGAGAUUGCAUGGAGGAAGGAGAGUCUGGUAAAUAUCUCCAGAGAAAAUGUCUGACAGUUCUAUCUCCUUCAACAUUUCCCAGGGAUUUUUGUUACCUUUUCAUCAUUGCAGUCCUAACUGCAGGUGUGGUUGCACUUUCUAUUGUUUCAUCAGUGAGACGGGAAAAGGUGGUCUCAGAGCCCACUCUGUAUGCUGUCUGCCCAAAAAACUGGAUUGGAUUUGAAAGUAAAUGUUUUUAUUUUUCUGAAGACACAAGGAAUUGGACGUUCAGUCAAACCUUCUGUGCUUCCUUAGAAGGCAACCUUGCUCGAUUUGAAACUCUGGAGGAAUUGAAUUUCCUGAAAAGAUACAAAGGCCCCUCUGACCAUUGGAUUGGCCUGAGCCGAGAAUCAGCACAGGACAUUUGGAAGUGGACAGACAACACUGAAUACACCCUCUUGUUUGGCAUCAGAGGAGUUGGAGAAUGUGCCUAUCUAAAUGACAAUGGAAUCAGUAGUGCCAGGACCUACACAGACAGGAAAUGGAUUUGUAGCAAACCAAACAGUUAUGUCAGCAGCUGCCAAAUUACAGAUGCUUAAGGGGGAUGCAUUAUAAAUUGUUAUAUAUAGCUGCUGCUUCUAUUUUUUUGUCUACCAAAAAUAUUAUCAAUAUGCAUUCAUAAUUUAUCUGAAUUGGAAAGAUACAAACAAUUAAAGAUUGAAAUAAUACAUAGUAGUAUGAUACAAGUAUUUGGAAGACUAUGUUUCUAAAUUAAAUGUUUGGGUAUGAGCUGAUGCUUACAUUUGGAAUGUAGAGUACAGUAAAUAUCAGUGAACUCCUCUCCUAUGACCAGGUAUAAAAUUUUUAUAUAGACAGUGUUUGCUUUGCAUGCAUGGACCAGAGAAGUGAAUAUGCUAACUAAAACCAUGCAAAGUGACUUAAUAAUCAAUGAGAAAAAUUAUAAUUGGUCUGCGACUUUAAAAAUUUGUUAACACAUUGAAAAUUCUCCUACAGAAUUUAGUUAAAAAUAUAAAGAGACAUUUAUAAAGUCCGAAGACUAAUAUUUAUUUUUUACUCUGCAAUUUAAAACAUUGGGAAAUCAACAAAGUACUUUUUACAAUUUCUCAAUGUUUAUGUUUUAAAAUUAGUGUACUAAAUAAAUGCAUCUAUAUGAAAUACCAUUCUUCAUUUUACCUUUUAUUGGACUCAAAUAUUGCUUUUAUC